CUUGAGUGCCUUGUGUUGUUUCACACACCCACAAGAACUCAAAAAGAUCAGGUUUCUUCCCCUUCUCACUCUAAAAUGUUAGUCUUCCUAGCUCCUUCAUCUCCCAAAUGGCUUCCAUCACAAAAACACUACUACACUCCCAAAACAACUCACUCACAUGCACAACUUAAAGUCCAAUCAAUGGCUAAACAAACAAACGAAACCGAAACCGAUAACCCAAUUGAUAAAAUUGCCGUAGCUGGUGGACUUAUAUCCACACCAGUAAUUGGAUGGUCACUUUACACUCUAAAAACAACAGGGUGUGGGCUGCCACCUGGACCUGGUGGUUCAAUUGGUGCACUUGAAGGUGUUAGUUAUUUAGUUGUGGUAGGUAUUGUGGCUUGGUCAUUGUAUACUAAGUCGAAAACCGGGUCGGGUCUGCCCAAUGGACCAUUUGGGUUGUUAGGUGCUGUUGAAGGAUUGUCAUACCUGUCAUUGUUGGCUAUUUUGGUCGUGUUUGGGUUGCAGUUCUUGGACCAAGGUUCAAUUCCGGGCCCACUUCCUACGGAUCAAUGUUUCGGUUAAGAGUUAUUGGACUGAUACGAGUUUAAAUGAAAUGACAUGUGGAGUAAUUCAUGACUCCAAUUUGCGUGGUGUGUAAUUGUUGUUGUUACAUUAGGGGUCGUUUGGUUGCUGGUUAAAAUUACGCAGGUAUUAAUAAGGGAUUCAUUAAGUAAGGAUUA